UUUUUUCAAAUAUCUAAAGUGUUGGGUAAUUUAGCAUGUGUCUUUGAUGGUUAAAGAAUGUUUUCCAUUAAUAAAUGAAUUGAUAGGAUUACCCCAACACCAGCCAAAAUUAAAUAGAUUAUAUCCACAUUUUUCAUAGGAUCAAUGCCACCACCAAUUGUAUAUACAAAACCAGAAAUAAUUGGAAUAACAGCCAUACAGAAAUUCUCUAUUAUACCUAAUAAACCUAAAGCAGUAGCUAAUUUCAAUAAUAUUCUUAAAAUACCUAACAUAUCUUCUGGAACUGUAGAUUAUAAAGCAGGCAUUAAAAUACUUGAAAAACAGGAAUAUGAUAAUCCUAAUGUAAUCAAACUAUAAUUAGUAUAGGUUUUUACCCAAAGAUUGAAUAAUAAUUAGGAGAAGUUGUAAAAGGAAUAUAAUAAAACUGUAAAUGGGAAAUAAAAACCAAUAUUGUUGAUAUGAAUAUAAAAAAAGGUCUAUAGUUUGUAAAGUUAUCUGAUAAUCUUCCAACUAUUGGGGAUGUGAUUGCUAUAUAAUAAAUUAUACUCUACCUGCGACAACAUAACCUAUAGUAACUAUUUGUCCAGCAUUCAUAAUACUAAAUCCAAAACGUUCAUGAUAAAACUUAUUAGCAUUAUCUAAAAAUGGCACAUAUGAUGCUAACAUUAAAGUUGUUA